GCGACCACAGAGAGACACCACCGACCUCACCCACACCACCACCACUCCGGACCCCCGACCCCGUAGUGAACUCUUUUCGACCCGGACGCGACGUCGGAAUAUCCUUUCCCGAGUCCUCCUCUCUUCCCACUAUAGCCCAUCAUGAGCGCCUUCCAGCAAGCGCAAGCGCCCGCCCGCGCCAUCGACCCCGAUUCGGACGUCGAGGAGGAGGCCCUCGUCAACGACUACAAGGAGCAGGUCCAAUAUGAGGAGGAUGACGCCGAGUCCACCCAGAUGUCCCUGGCCGCCCAGACCGACGACAUCCAGUCGCGCCUCGCCGCUGCCGCCCAGCCCCUUGACUACUCCGCCGGUCUGGAGGUCAAGUUCUCGAGCUACGAUUCCUACUGCAGCUUGUUCCACUUCAUCUUGAACUCCGAGGGCCCCGUCGACCUCGAGCCCCCUUCCUACUACUGGGCUUGGGACGUCAUCGAUGAAUUCAUCUACCAGUUCAACUCGUUCUCCUCGUACAGAGCUCGCAUCGCCCGUCAAGGUAACAAUGAGGAGGAGAUCGCCAUGCUCCGCGAGAACCCCAACACCUGGGGCUGCUACAGCGUCCUCAACGUCCUCUACUCCCUGAUCCAAAAGUCGCAGAUCACCGAGCAGUUGGCCGCCAUGAAGCGCAACGAGGAUCCCGCGGCCGUCGCCGGCGAGUAUGGUUCCAAGAACCUCUACAAGAUGCUCGGCUACUUCUCCAUCAUUGGUCUGCUCCGCGUCCACACCCUUCUCGGUGACUUCAGCCUCGCCCUCAAGACCCUCGACGACAUCGAGCUCAACAAGAAGGCCAUGUUCGCCCGCGUCAUGGCUGCCCACUUCACCACCUACUACUAUGUCGGUUUCUCCUACAUGAUGAUGCGCCGCUACGCCGAUGCCAUCCGCAUGUUCAGCCACAUCCUGGUCUACGUUUCUCGCACCAAGAACUUCCAGAAGAACGCCCAGUACGAUUCCAUCACCAAGAAGAACGACCAGAUGUACGCCCUCAUCGCCAUCUGCGUUGCCUUCCAGCCCACCCGUCUGGAUGACACCAUCCACACCGCCCUCCGUGAGAAGUACGGCGACCAGCUUCUCAAGCUCCAGCGCGGUGGCCCCGAGGCCCUCCCCAUCUAUGAGGAGCUCUUCCGCACCGCCUGCCCCAAGUUCAUCUCCCCCGUUCCCCCCAACUUCGACGAGCCCGAGGCCAACAUCGACCCCAUCGAGCACCACCUUUCCGUCUUCAUGGACGAGGUCAAGACCAACAUGUUCAACCCCACCAUCAAGUCUUACCUCCGCCUGUACACCACCAUGGAUCUCAAGAAGCUCGCCGGUUUCCUCGAGGUCAAGCCCGAGGAGCUCCGUGGCUGGCUCAUGGUCAACAAGCAGCGCACCAAGCAGCUGCGCUGGACCGACGGUGGUCUUUUGGAGGGUGAGCUUGUCAACGUCAGCGAUCUCGACUAUGCUCUCCAGGGUGACCUCAUCCACAUCUCCGAGGCCAAGGUCGGCCGCAAGUUGGUUGACUGGUACCUCCGCAACCUUUCGCGCACUUAUGCUUGAAUGGGUUUCUAAGCGCUGCUGGGACGGGAAUGCGCUGCUGGGGCGGAGAUUCGUCUCUUUCUCAUCGUCUUUGUCAUUUUUUGUAAUUGGCGGGAGUAUCAGGGGCUACGCAGGUCUUUGUCAGCAGCAUUUGCAUUAGGCGUCAAUGGGAUUGGUCUAUUCCAAGGAACAUCUCAGGGAGGGUGGGAGGUCGGCAAACACAAAAGCAAUCCAUCUGGCAACAAGAGGAGAGAAUCAGGAAGUACCCAUGAAAAUGGGAGGGUGUUGUGCUGGGACCUGGCCUCAGGAAAGGGUACCAGUCUUGCCGAAAAGCCAAGACGGUAUUUCCUCCAAAUAUCAAAUCAGGCUCUAUCCUAGGAAUAGGGGCUGUGGAGAGUCAAAGAUGGAACCGCAUAGAUACCGCAAAUACCGCCGCGGCUGGCACGCCGCGUAGGUUCGCUCCUCUUGUUGCACCCACAUCGGUCUAUUAGGGGUGUUGAUACGCAGUUGGAAAAGGCGUACUCUACUAUACGAUCAGUUAGUACGUAAGUUAACACAAUGGGGUAGGAAAAACAAAGCGAUAUUUAGAAAGGGUUCACUUGUUAUUUUGCCAGCGCUAAAGUUGUUCAUGGCUGUUUUCUAUACCAUCUAAGAGAGGUACCUUAGUUACAAAAGACCAAGAGAAGGGUCCGUUCGAUCAGUUGUAACCUUUAAACUUUCU